CUGAUAAUAAAUAAGUUAUUGCGUCGAAGAACCUGCGAUUGAACGCUCGAUAAUUUUAAAACCGGUAACGACAUUUUAAAAUGGUCAAAGCAGUCUGCGUAUUACAGGGCGAAGUUGCCGGAACCCUUUGGUUCGAACAAGACAGCGGCUCAAACCCCGUCAAGGUCACUGGAGAAGUAACUGGACUCAAGCCGGGUCUCCAUGGUUUCCAUAUCCACGAGUUUGGUGACAAUACCAAUGGAUGUACCAGUGCCGGACCGCACUUCAAUCCUCUAGGAAAAGAACAUGGCGGUCCUGAGGACAGCUCCAGACACGUUGGAGAUCUUGGUAAUGUCCAAGCUGGCGCAGAUGGUGUUGCCAAGGUCAACAUCACUGAUAAAAUGAUCGCUCUUCAAGGAGAUCAUACUAUCAUUGGCAGAACUCUUGUGGUCCAUGCUGACCCUGAUGACUUGGGCAAAGGUGGUCACGAGCUGUCAAAAACAACUGGCAAUGCAGGAGCUCGUUUGGCUUGCGGAGUAAUUGGAAUUACUAAAUAAGAGCAAUGAAUAAUUAUUUUAAAAAUAUGACCAAAUUUUAUGUAUCAGACAUUACUCAUUAAAAUAUAUUUAAAUGAGUGUAAUAAAAAAUUAUAAUUAUCAUUCCUGUUUAAAUAAAAACCAAUUACUCGUAUAUACAA